CCUCGCGUGCGCGGGCCUGGUUCCGUCGCGGUCUCGCGCGCCUCGGUUUCCCAGCCUCAUGGCCGGGCUGACCCUAUUUGUGGGCCGCCUCCCGCCCUCGGCCCGCAGUGAGCAGCUGGAGGAGCUGUUCAGUCAGGUGGGGCCGGUGAAGCAGUGCUUCGUGGUGACUGAGAAAGGGAGUAAGGCAUGUCGAGGCUUUGGCUAUGUCACUUUUUCUAUGCUGGAAGAUGUUCAGAGGGCCCUCAAGGAGAUUACCACCUUUGAAGGCUGUAAGAUCAACGUGACUAUUGCCAAGAAAAAACAGAGGAACAAGUCCAAGGAAAAGGGGGAAAAUGAAAAUUCAGAACCCCCAAAGAAGGAACUGAAGCCUAAAAAACCCAAAGUGGCAGAUAAGAAAGCCAGAUUAAUUAUUCGGAACCUGAGCUUUAAGUGUUCAGAAGAUGACUUGAAGACAGUAUUUGCUCAAUAUGGAGCUGUCCUGGAAGUAAACAUCCCCCGGAAGCCAGAUGGAAAGAUGCGUGGUUUUGCUUUUGUCCAGUUCAAAAACCUUCUAGAAGCAGGAAAAGCUCUCAAAAGCAUGAACAUGAAAGAGAUAAAAGGGCGGACAGUAGCUGUGGAUUGGGCCGUGGCAAAGGAUAAAUAUAAAAAUACACAGUCUGCCUCUGCCCCAGGUGAGGAGAAGGGGCCUGAACCUAAACAUCAGGAAUUAGAUAAAGAGAAUGGCAGGGAAGAAGCGGAUGCCACAGAGGAGGAAGAAGAGGAAGAGGAGGAGGGGGAAGAGAAUAAAAAAUCAAGGGUGACCAAGCCUGCGCAGAUUCAAAAGAGAAGAGUCUGGAGGGCCGCAGCUGCAGAGGGCAGUGAGGAGGAGCGCUCUGACGGCGACAGCAUCCUGGAGGGAACAGAGAGUGUCGAUGGCGGAGAGGAGCCGGCUCAGAGUGAUACCAACAGUGAAGAGCAAGAGGACGAAGGUUUGCCUGGGAUCUUUGUGGACACCUUUAUAACACAGGAUCUCACUUUAGUAAUUGACUUUUCUUGUGACUUGACUAUCUUCCGUAGAAACCUGUCUUUUGACUCAGAGGAAGAAGAACUCGGGGAGCUCCUCCAGCAAUUUGGAGACCUUAAGUAUGUCCGUAUUGUCUUGCAUCCAGACACAGAGCAUUCUAAAGGUUGUGCAUUUGCCCAGUUCAUGACUCAAGAAGCAGCUCAGAAAUGCCUUGAAGCUGCUUCUCCAGAGACUGAGGGUGGUGGGCUUAAACUGGAUGGCCGGCAGCUCAGGGUCGACUUGGCAGUGACCCGUGAUGAGGCUGCAAAGCUGCAGACAAAGAAGGUGAAGAAGCCUACCGGGACCCGGAGCCUCUACCUGGCCCGAGAAGGCUUGAUUCGUGCUGGGACUAAGGCUGCGGAGGGUGUGAGCGCUGCUGAUAUGGCCAAAAGAGAAAGGUUUGAGCUGCUGAAGCAUCAGAAACUCAAGGACCAGAAUAUCUUUGUGUCCCAGACCAGGCUCUGCCUGCACAACCUCCCAAAGGGUGUGGACGACAAAAAGCUCAGAAAGCUGCUGCUGAAUGCCACCCGAGGGGAGAAGGGGGUGCGCCUCAAGGAGUGUAGGGUGAUGCGAGACCUCAAAGGAGUGCAUGGGAAAGUUAAGGGUCAGUCCCUGGGCUACGCCUUUGCGGAGUUCCGGGAGCACGAGCAUGCCCUGACAGCCCUGCGCCACAUCAACAACAAUCCAGAGAUUUUUGGGCCUCUGAAGAGACCGAUAGUGGAGUUCUCUUUGGAGGAUCGAAGAAAACUUAAAAUAAAGGAACUGAGGAUUCAGCGCAGCCUGCAAAAAGUGAAAUCCAAGCCUGCAAAUGGUGAGCCCCAGCAGGAAAAACCAGUGCUUGGAAAAGACCAGCAACGGGAAGCAGCUCAAAACCACACACAGGAACAAAGCAAGGCCCCCGUGGGGCAGAAGGGGAAGCUGCAUUCGUCCUCGUGGACAGGGUUCCAGACCAAGGCUGAAGUGGAGCAGGUGGAGCUGCCUGAUGGAAAGAAGAGAAGAAAGGUCCUGGUGCUUCCCUCGCACCGAGGCCCCAAAAUUAGGCUGCGGGACAAAGGCAAAGUGAAGUCUCUCCCUCCCAAAAAGCCAAAGCCCCAGAUGACCCAGCAGAAGCCAGAGAAGCAGACAUUACCUUCCAAGCAGGCCCCUGGGAAGAAAGCUAAGGGAAAUAAGACCGAAAUCCGCUUCAAUCAGCUGGUCGAACAAUAUAAGCAGAAAUUACUGGGACCUUCUAAAGGAGUACCUCUUGCAAAGAGGAGCAAAUGGUUUGACAGUUGAUGGUGGCAGCAGACUGGAUAAGAAGCUGGAUUCUUGGUCAAGCUCCCAGGUCUCCCUCCACCCCCUAAUGUUAUUCUCUGAGGGAGGGACACCCCCCUUCCUCCCCAGGGCACUGCCACUUUGUUGGGAGGCCCCCUGGGCUCUGCACAUUUGAACUUUGGGCCCUCCCCUGUGCGUGAUUAGUGAACCACAGAGAGAAAUCUCAGAAAAACAUCACGAUGCUUAUUGUGUAUUAUCCAAGUUAUUGUGUGAAUUGUAUCUGUAAUUAUUGCCCA